AUGUAUGGGGCUGAGUACGAAACAGGCCAAAAUCCUCCAGCUUUAGGCGAUCUCUACGAGAAUGACGUACCGUGUUCUGUUUGUCUUGCUCGCGGAAAGACAAUCUUGAUGAUUCCUGGCCGUACAUCGUGCUACAACGGAUGGACCAAGGAGUAUCAGGGAUAUCUGAUGGGGGAGUACCAUGGGCAUCAAGGCAAAGGAUAUGUCUGCAUGGACAAAAACGCCGAGGCGCUGCAUUCAAGCUAUUCCGAUCUUAAUGGCGCUCUGUUCUACAAUGUCGAAGGUCGAUGUGGUACAUUGAAAUGUCCUCCGUAUAUCGAGGGAGCAGAACUAGCAUGUGUCGUUUGUUCAAACUCAACAUAA